AUGUCGUAUUUUCUUCCUCAUUUGACUAAUGGAUGGCAAGUAGAUCAAGCAAUUUUAUCAGAAGAGGAUCGGGUAGUUGUUAUUAGAUUUGGGCAUGAUUGGGACCCAACAUGCAUGAAAAUGGACGAAACUUUAUAUGGUAUAGCAGAAAAAGUAAAAAAUUUUGCCGUCAUUUAUUUGGUUGAUAUUACGGAAGUUCCAGACUUUAAUAAAGCGUUGGAAGAUAAGCAAGAACUUAUUGAUAUUAUAGAGACUGUUUAUAGGGGUGCGCGAAAGGGGAGAGGUUUAGUGGUUUCACCGAAAGAUUAUUCUACGAAAUACAAAUAUUGA